AUGUCAGAAUAUUUGCCCUUAGAAAUCACAACCGAUAUCAUGCUAAGGUUGCCUCCCGAGUCCAUAAUCACAUGCGCAGCAGUCUGCAAAUCAUGGAAUUCUCUGAUUAGAAGAUCCACCUUCAUUAAAGACCAUCUCAACGCCGCCAUACAAUCCUACCGCCUAAACGAUGUUCACAAUCUUCUGAUAAUGAAGCAAAUGGAGGGUUACUCACUGUACCGGGAUAACCCUUCUGAACUUGGCACCACUGUUGAUCAUGAACACAUCUCCAUAAUGAUUUGGAACCCUACGGUUAGGAAGUUCAUGAUCUUGCCAAGGCCUGUUGAUAUUGGUCGUAUUAAAUGGCGCCCUCGACAAACUCAUCAUGCAUUUGGGCAUGAUUCGAGAAACAAUGACUAUAAGGUUUUAAGAAUCGUAAGUGGUGUGAUUGAUGGAGAACCAUUUAGGGUUGAAGUACUAGUUUAUUCGUUAGCUAGGGGAUCGUGGAGAACCCUUGCUGUUGAUGUACCUGCUUGUUAUUAUUUCGAGCCUGCUGCAGCUGCAGGUGUAUCUAGUUUCCUCAAUGGUGCUUCCCAUUGGAUUCAAACCCUUAAGAACGACGUCUACGGAAAGCAAAGAGAAGAGUAUGUAAUUGUGUGGUUCAACAUGGAAACUGAGUUAUUUGGUGAGAUACAGAUGCCUGAAGCUUUUAGAAAACACAAACCAUGCUCGAUUUACUUCAUUUCAAAAUAUGAGGAGUACCUUGCCUUGAUUGAAAGUUCCAUAAUCCAAGAGGGGCGCUAUGGCCUUCAAGUGUGGGUUAUGAAAGAGUAUGGAGUUGUGGAAUCAUGGACUAGAUUAUACAUGAACUCUGCCCUACCAAGUUUUCCAAGGCCCCCGUUUUGUUUCGAAAGCAGUUGUGAAUUAGUAUUCCAGGUAGACUAUCUACAGAAAUCUCUGCGGAUUGUGAACUUAUUGGGGAAUGAAGAAGUGAAAAGUUUUAGAAUCGACCAACAUUCACCAGCGUACCUGUUCUCCGUAGUUUUGUAUAUUCUGACACAGCUGCGGUUUAAAAAUCAAGAACGAUCAUGGCCGGCUGCGGCUGGCCUUUAA